CCUCCUCCUCCUGCUGCUCCUCCUCCUCCUCCCGAGGCUGUUUGGAUGUGUAUUUGUGACAAAGCUUCAGCUGCAGGUGUUGGUCUCCUCUUCUUCCUCAUCCACCUCCUCUUCUUCAGUGUGACGGAGGCUGAAUUGGACUCAUGACUCAGCAGAUUUGAACAGUUUGCUGAUCCCAGACUGGAGGAGGAUCUUCUCAUACAUCACACAUUCAUUCACUCUGUGUGUCUCUGUGUGAGUGAGAGGGUAAACACACCUGCGCAGCAAAGCUUCAUCAUCUUCAUCCUCCUCCUCCUCUUCCUCCUCCUCCUCCUCAGCAGCAUCAUCCGUGAGGAGCAGCUCCACCCAGAGAAGCCCGUGUGAGUGAGUGAGUGUGAGCAUGUCGAGCACCGGGGAAGCUCCGGGCUUCCUGCAGGGUCUGGGCUCGGACAGAAGCUCCAGGAGCAGACAGAAGUUCUGCGGUGUCUUCUGUCCUCUGGACGCGUCCUCCGCCUCAGAGAGAGACGGCGGCGGCAGGAGCGAGCGGCCGGUGAUCGACCGGCAGAGCGACAUCUGCCCGGUGCAGAGGAAGGUGGAGAUCCGGGAGAGCAGCGGCAAAGAGGCGCUGCAGAACCUGGAUGACCGGAAGAGCGAUCGUCUCCUGAUCAAAGGAGCAAAGAUCGUGAACGAUGACCAGUCGUUCUGUGCUGACCUUUACAUGGAGGACGGAGUCAUCAAACAAAUUGGAGAAAACCUCAUCGUUCCCGGCGGCGUGAAAACCAUCGACGCUCACGGCGGCAUGUUGAUGCCGGGCGGCAUCGACGUGCACACGCGCUUCCAGAUGCCGGAUCGAGGAAUGACGUCAGCCGACGACUUCUACCAGGGAACCAAGGCGGCGCUGGCCGGAGGAAACACCAUGAUCAUUGACCACGUGGUCCCUGACCCCGGGGUCAGCCUCCUCUCAGCGUUCGAGCAGUGGCGAGAAUGGGCCGACAGUAAGUCGUGCUGCGACUACUCGCUGCACGUGGACGUCACUGAGUGGCACCGAGGGAUUCAGGAGGACAUGGAGACGCUGGUCAAAGACCAUGGUGUGAACUCCUUCCUGGUUUACCUGGCGUACAAAGAUCUUUUCCAGCUGACGGAUGCUCAGGUGUACGAGGUGUUCAGUGUGAUUCGUGACCUGGGAGCCAUCGCUCAGGUUCAUGCGGAGAACGGAGACAUUGUCGCUGAGGAGCAGCGCAGGAUCCUGGAUCAGGGCAUCACUGGACCUGAGGGUCAUGUGCUGAGUCAUCCUGAGGAGGUGGAGGCGGAGGCUGUGAACCGCUCCGUCACUGUGGCCAAUCAGACCAACUGCCCGCUCUACGUUACCAAGGUGAUGAGCAAAAGCGCCGCUGAUGUCAUCGCUCAGGCUCGGAAGAAGGGGACUGUGGUCUACGGUGAACCCAUCACUGCCAGUCUGGGAACAGACGGUUCUCACUACUGGAGCAAGAACUGGGCCAAAGCCGCCGCCUUCGUCACCUCUCCUCCGCUGAGUCCUGACCCCACCACACCUGACUACCUGAACUCUCUGCUGUCCUGUGGAGACCUGCAGGUGACAGGAAGUGCGCACUGUCCCUUUAACACGGCGCAGCGAGCCGUGGGCAAAGACGACUUCAGUCUGAUCCCCGAGGGCGUCAACGGCACAGAGGAGAGGAUGUCCAUCAUCUGGGACAAGUGUGUGGUUUCGGGCAAAAUGGACGAGAACCAGUUUGUGGCAGUGAGCAGCACCAACGCCGCCAAGAUCUUCAACCUGUACCCGCGCAAAGGUCGCAUCGCUGUGGGCUCAGACGCUGACCUGGUGCUGUGGGAUCCAGACGUCACCAAGAUCAUCUCAGCCAAGAGCCACAACUCGACUGUGGAGUACAACAUCUUUGAAGGCACAGAGGUGAGAGGAGGUCCUCUGGUGGUCAUCAGCCAGGGGAAGAUCAUCCUGGAGGACGGGAACCUUCACGUCAGCGAGGGCUCAGGACGAUACGUGGCCCGAAAACCUUUCCCCGACUACGUUUACAAGAGGAUCAAAGCUCGCAGCAGGCUCGCUGAGCUGCGCGGAGUUCCACGAGGACUGUACGACGGUCCGGUCUGCGAAGUGUCCCUCACUCCUAAAACCAUGAGCCCGGCCUCGUCUGCCAAGACUUCACCUGCCAAGCAGCCGAACCAGCCGGUCCGAAACCUGCACCAGUCUGGAUUCAGUCUGUCCGGCGCUCAAGUCGACGACAACAUUCCUCGCCGAAACACGCAGCGCAUCGUGGCGCCACCUGGUGGUAAGGCCAACAUCACCAGCCUCGGUUAGAGCUCCGCCCUCUGGCCACUGAGGAGGAGGCGGAGAGAGCUGAACCCAGUUUCUGCUGCAACCUGACCGGACCCACCGGACCACCGGUCCGC